CGCCGACGUGCCUCGUGCUUCGCCUAUGCAGGGCCGGCCCACCGCCAGCCCAGUCUUGCUCCCUCACCCCGAGGCGAUUUCUGUCGCUCCUGAUGAGAAGGACCUGCAAUUGACUCUCUCUGCAUGCAUCGACAAUGGCGGGAGACCGAAAUGCUACUGAUGUCCCCCAGUCAGAUCCUGUACACAUUCACUCCCCUCCCGAGAUACCUUCGUCUCCUCCAUCCAUCGUCUCCGAGGCUGGGUACCGCCGAAAGCCCAAGAGACCGCCUCCAGUGACGCCUCGUUCGUUCAGGAAAUUCUUCACACCCCGAUCGUCCCUCAAUUCCACAGGUAAUGGUGUAUACACCAGUCGGCAAGCAUUGAAGGAGCUUGGAUCCACGUCUUUGAACAGACGUGGUCCAGCCUUCAUGAAAGCUGCAAAAACCCACUCAACGGACCACGGAAUUCUCAAAAGUCCAUUCUUAGAACCUGCAAAAACCCCGAGCAGGAAAAGAAAACUAUCUUUCUCUUCUAGCGGUUCUCCCCCGCAAUCAUCUCCUUUGAGAAAAGUACGACUUACCACCGCCGUCUACGAGAACCGCGGUACUGACAAGGCCGAUAAAACUGUCAAUGAUAUCUACAUUCCCGUAUCCCCGGAAAGGAUUCUUUCUCCUCGAAGGUCUAUCCAGAAGCAACUGUUUUCUACCACACCUCCAGCUCAACCUUUACGCAGGUCAAAGGCUCUCGCUACAUCUGGAGGACUAUGUCUGAGAAGCGUUUCUGGUCGUAUGAAUCGACUCACUUUGCGUUCAAAUUAUGGCUCUGGAUGGCAAGACCAAGCCUCUAAUUUUAGCUCACGACCUGAUGAUCAUCACCAGAGCAUCAACAUAUCCGGAGAUCGCCUUGCACUUCCAGUUUGCAUUGCGCCUUGCAAAACCAAUUCCCUUGUCGCCAUUGGAGAUGAAGAAGGGGGCAUCCGUCUUUUGGAUUCUGCGAAAGGAGUGAAGAACGGCUUUUCAAAUGCACAUUUGUCAUUUCGUGCACAUGGAAACUCGAUUUUAAACCUCGAAUUCUCUUCCGAUGAUCUUCUUCUCGCAACUGCUGCUGGCGAUCAAACAACCCUUAUUAUUGAUAUGACUACCCAAAAACCGAUUCAUUGCUUGUCUAAUCAUUCUGCCUCGGUGAAACAUGUUCAGUUUCAGCCUGGCUCAAACGACAGGAUGGUUGCGACUUGCAGUCGUGAUGGUAAUGUGAAUAUCUGGGACUUGAGAUGUAGAGGUCAUGAGAUGCCGCCACUACAAAUACGAUGUUCAUUGGCCUCGGAAGACGACGAGCCAUCAACUCCUUUGCCAAAGAUCAAUUACCCCCAACCUAUCAGGACUAUUCAAGAUGCUCAUACAUUGAUACCCAGAGCCUCGAAGCUAGCCACGUUGGAUAAACCAGAAACUCAACUAAGUCAGGAGAAUGUUGCCGUAACAUCUCUUUCAUUUUUACCUGCAGGCCGUGAAAACCUCUUCGUGACGGCGUCCUCAGCCAAUGCUUGCGUUAAAUUAUGGGACAUGCGUACGUCCUAUAACAUUCGUAAAGGACAUCCGGUCCCGUUGUCCACGACUCGUGAACCUGAUUGUCAUGUCAGUCAUAGAUCUUGGGGCGUGACAUCCAUGGCAUUAAACGGCGAUGGAUCUAGAUUAUAUACUCUAUGCCGAGAUGCAUAUGUAUAUGCUUAUUCAACCUCGCACUUGAUUCUCGGCGGUUCUCCGGAUAUCAACCUAAACAAUAAUCGACCACGGCGGACCGGUGGACCCAAUAAAGAAGGUCUCGGCCCCCUUUACCGUUUUGGCCAUCCUGGGCUACAGGUAUCGUCUUUUUAUGUUAAAACAGCAGUUCGACCAGCGCAAGAUGACAGGGGGGAGAUGCUCGCCGUGGGGAAUAGUGAGCACUCUGCGGUUCUGUUCAGCACUGACGAGAAGUUCCUUGUACCAAGCAAAUCAAUAGACGAAGCCCAGUCACCUACAAAAGCUCAAACACCCUCAACAAGACGUGCCCUGCGACGUGCCAAUUCUGAAAUCGGCCUUUCUGGCCGGCCGGAGAGUACAGUCCCUACCUAUCAAACUGGAACGCGACUUGUAGGAGGGCAUCAAAAGGAAGUUUCAGCAGUAGCUUGGGCUCAUGGAGGGGAAUUAGUCACCGUGAGUGAUGACUUUAGUGCAAGAUGCUGGCGUGAAGGAGCAGAUGCUCGAGAAUUGCGCACAGGAGGCGAAGCUGAUGGUCGACGCUGGAGGUGCGGUUGGGCUGAAACCCCACACUCUUACAACGACGAGGAAGAAUAAUCAACAAAUUUUGGAAUGAACACACUUAAUGGCAUUCUGAACCUUACCUCUUCUUCUGCAUUCUAUAUCCCAUUAUGGAUUUUUGUUCAAGGACGUGGCUUUUCUGCAUUGCGUGGUGUUCUGGUAUUCCCUUUUUCUCAAUGCAUAAUUGCAUUUAGCGCAACUUCAUUGCGUUGCAUGGCCUGGACAAAACUUGUCUUGUUGUGCAUUCAUCAAAUGAUUCUAUAUAACUUAUUUUCGUCCGGGUUGUCUUGGUAAACUAUGUUUGUUACAUUGCGCCAUCCGCGUGACUUGUCAUGGAAAUCUGUAAGGUGUUUUGGAUGUUUAGAUUAUUGCUAGGCUAGCAUUGAAUAUAUCUAGGAUGGUCUGACGGUGUUACCUCAGGAAUCAUAUAUCUGUAUUAUGACUCUUCAUGUUGCAAGCGAGGUAGGAUAUUGUCACUCAGCCAAAACAUCAAUUGAACUAAGACAUUUAUA